AUGGUAGACUCAACGGUGGGGGACGUGGUGGAAGGCCACGGCACGCACGUGUGCGGGAUUGUGAGCGGGAACGCCAACGGACAGGCAGAUUCACAAUUCCUGGCAGCUGAGAGCGGUGUAGCUCCGGAUGCCAAGGUUGUGUUUCAAGACGCCGGGGACUCGAGUGCGUCAGGGUAUCUGAACAUCCCAGCAGACCUCGAGCUCGGCGUCUACUCGUUGGCACGCGGGGGUGGGGCGCACGUGCACAGCAAUUCGUGGGGUGGAUUGAACAACGAGUACAGCAUCGAUACUUACCACACAGACGACUUCGCCUACUUGCAUCCUGACUACCUGAUAAUCUUUGCUGCGGGCAACGACGGGCCGUCCUAUGCAAGUGUGUCGGAACCGGCAGUAGCGAAGAACAUCAUCUCAGUCGGGGCCUCGGCGGGGAUCCCCGAGAACGGCUGGACGUCUCCUCAAGUAGAACUUCCUGCCAUCACAGACCUUGCCACCAAUGUCGCCUCUUUCUCCUCCCUCGGCCCCACCUACGAUGGUCGCUUCAAGCCCGACUUGCUUGCUCCCGGGCAGCAAGUCGUGUCUGCUCGCUCCGAGGGC